CCGGAAGAUAAGCGCCAGAAUGUAAACAUACUUUUGUGAGCCGUCUGUUCCGCCAGAGAUAUAGUUCGUUUUUACCUCAUAUUUCACUCCCUUUUGGAAGGAAAUUACUAAUUAUCCCGUGGAAGGAUAAACAGGCAUUAAAAUAACCAAAGAGGAUUACCAGAGAGGGAAAUAAUUACGACAUAAAAGUGUGAGGGAUGUCUUAUCCUGUAGGAAUCACGGAAGUGCGGGCUGCCUACAGGAGGAUCCAAGGAUUCAUCCCCGAACCGUCCCGAAACUCCCGUUUCUCGGAGUGAGGGGCGCGUCGAGUUCCCUUAGCAGGAAGGAAGCUUUAUUUCAAAACAGAAAAUCUUCAGAAAACUGGUUCCUUCAAAGUCCGGGGUGCUUGCAAUGCUGUGUUCUUAGAAAAGGAGCGCAAUCCAGAUUGCCCAGGCAUUGUGACGCAUAGCAGCGGCAAUCACGGUCAAGCAAUUGCAUAUGCUGCUAGAUGCGCCAACCUUCCAUGCAGUGUUGUGGUACCAAAAGGAACGCCCAAAGUGAAGUGUAGCGCCAUCAAGAGCUACGGAGCUGAAUUGAUUUACUGUGACCCGACAUUUGCUUCCAGGAAGGACAAGUGCGACGAAGUAGCCGAAGAGACUGGAAGAAUAGUCAUCCACCCGUUUGACAACUAUGACGUGAUAGCAGGUCAAGGGACCAUGGCCUUGGAGCUUCUAGAAGAGAUUCCAGAUUUAGAUGCGAUUCUGGUGCCGGUCAGCGGAGGUGGCAUGAUAUCAGGGAUUGCCAUUGCAGCCCGACAGACGAAGUACAAUUGCCGAGUGUAUGCGGUAGAACCAGAGGGUAAAGAUUUGCAGAAGUGUCUUGAAAGCAAAGAACGGCUGUGGUCUGAUCCUCCGCAGUUCUUAGAAACUAUAGCUGAUUCGAUAAGAAUAGAGCAGCUUGGCUUUCUGACCUUCCCCAUUGUCUGUGAUUUGGUCGAGCCGACAGUCUGCAGCAUCAACGAUGACCAGAUGAUCGAGGGAAUGAAACUGUCUUUCGAACGCUUGAAGCUCGUCGUAGAAGCAGCAUCAGGUGCGGCUGUAUACGCAGGAGUUCAUUCUCUCAAAGAUGUAGGUCCUCCUCUCAGGAAAGUUGGAGUCAUACUUUGCGGGGGGAAUGUGGACCUGGAUCACUUGCCUUGGAUUACACGCAAGACUACUUACUAGGAGGUUUUGAUGUCCACCAGUUGCAUAGCCUUCUUCAUUCCAAUCAUAGCUUAAUCAUUAUUGUUAGUUGCUAGUUCUGAUGUAUUUUGUAACUUGUCAUUGUUCAAAUGUGAUUUACUUCAGCAGAUGGAAUGGGGUUAAUUAAGUCUUAAGAAAUGUGUUACGUAGUAUUUGGUAUAUUGCACUGUUCUUUUUGAGCAGUAGAUUGCAGAUUAUUGCUGUUAAAAUGUGAUUUAAUGCAGGAGAGGGGUAUGGGUUAGUCUUAAGAAAUGUGGUAGCGCUGUAGUAUUCAGUAUAUUGAGCAGAUGUUGUGAAUCACUGCACAGAUUGUCCCAGCCAACUGUAAGAUUCGCUUCACAAAACUGUUUGCAAUUACAGUACCUAGAAAUAUAAGAAAUAAAAUGCAUUAAAAGUACUUUUACUGUAAAAUAAGAAAUUAGGAGAAAUAGUUCUUUACUUUGAUGAAGCAAGAUUAACUUUCUCAUAUUUUUAUUACAUAUCAAACAUGUCUUCCAGAUUCAGGGAAAAAUCUUUAUCAUUUACCCAGUCUAGGAAGAUUUUGGUGUUUGGAUUCAGAACUUCAUUCUUUUCCCCCAACUAGUUUGACAUAGAUGAUGAUGCCUGGAGUUUGACUUUGUGUGUGGGCACUCUUUCACAAAUGUAAGUCUUGCUAUUACUGGCAUGGGUAGUUUGGAAAUUGCAUCUUCUUUUUGUGGAGAUUUGUGGAAGCCAAAGCUCAUGAAAGACGUGAGUAGCAGAAUUGUCAUUAAGGCCCUUUGCAUCAUGUGGUGUGGGAGGCGAUGAUGAUGAUGAUGAUGACAAUGAAUAUUUACAAAUUAUUCGUUUGAAAGUUGGCGCCAUAGCAUGCUGUCAUAUGUUGUAAUGAAAAGGGAGGUUAACUGUUUUUUAUAAAAUAUUUUCUAUUCAAUUUCCAGAGGACUUUAUGAGUUACAUAUUCCCGAAGUCAAGUGAAGAAAUUUUAAAUCAGACUUCUGAGCUUCAGUGUCGCAGAUUUUUUCUGGAACAUAUCUUUCACAUUUCCGUGGGAACUUUCACUAAUUCACAAAUUUUUCUGUGGGCCAUAUCUAAAAUUAUCACUAAUUCAGGUUUUUUUUUAUUAAUUUAAGCAGUGAACUAUUAAAAUGGGCAGUUACAAGUAUUUUAGUUUUAGUGGUAAAUGGUAUUUUUGCAGUUUUUAGGGGGAUUUUGCCUUUCUGCAUUGGGUUCUGGAAACUCUUUGCAAAAAUGGGUCGCUGGGGGGCGGGCGCUGUAUUGCAGGCUCACUAACAAUUACACCAGAAUGAAAUGUUGCAUUAAUUAUGUUUAGAUGUCACCGACCACUUUUACUUUGGUGUCCUUGUGACAUCAAAAUGCAUUUUUAAAAUAUGAGGGUUUUGUCGAGUAAGUAUGAUAAUUUUUUGUCAAGAUGUGAUGCGUAGUCUCUUGCUUCAAGAGAAGAAUGGAGGAGUUAUGCACUAGUAUAAAUAUUGAUGACACUAAAUGAUAAUGUUAUCAUUUACCACUGGAUGAGAUGCAGGUAUUCAGAAGACAGUAAGGAAAACAUCAAUAUUAUGGGUGCACAGUAGUAGAAGGAGAUUGGUAGACUACUACUAAAUGAAGUACUGCAUCCCAUUAGUAAGCAGAGUAAAGAUUUUGUUUAUGAGAAUGCAAGGCCCAGACUACUUGAGACAGAAAAAUGCUGAUUUUUAAUUGGAUCAAGUUGCUGAGAGAUAUGGUCAUCUGCAGGGGUCAACAUCAACUGAAAUUUGCAAGAUUGUGCUGCUUUGGAUGUGAUGGGAUGGGAUGAGGAAUGUCAAAUCAGAAAAGAAAUUUGUAUGUAAGUGGCAGGAGGAAAGCUCAUAGGAAAGCCAUGAAAAUGGUGGGGAAAGGGUAUUGUUGAAGACUCAGACUACAUGGGCUUUCAAACAGAAGACAGAAGAGCCCAGUCCAACUUGAUACGAACAUUAAAUGAUGAUCUAGUCAUGAAGAGAAGGCUUGGCAAAGUGCAAGUGAGAGGUGAGGUUUGUUCUGAGAACCCUAUGAAGAGGUGAAUCUUGAGGAUCUGCUGUAAAGAGAGUCAGGUCAUCUGUGAUUAUAUACUUGCCAGUGCUUUUAGAUGUUAAUUUCUAGUACCUCCACUAGGGUCAUGUAGGAUAAAGUUUUGACAGAACAGCCAAAUGCGAUGAUAAAGAAACUACAAGGCCUUAUGGAGUAACUGACAUAUUUUAUCUAGAAAGAUAUAUUUUUGUUAGCACAGAUUUUAUAUCACAGUUUUGUAAUCUUGAGUACAUGUGUUCAAGAUGUAUUGUUGCAAAGUAUAUGGUUUAUUGUUGAUCGAGUAAAAUUAUACAGUAUACAGAA